AUGGCUCGUCUUUAUACCCUGCACCGAGGCAUCUUGCCUGCACAGAUCAUCAUGCUGUAUUGUUGUGAAUGCAAGACAACCUAUCGGCCUAACUACUCGGUCUGUUGCGCUGAAUGGGAUGACUCAUGUAGAUGCUAUCUAUCUUGCAUGCCUCGCUAUCUUGAAGUGGCGGAACACUGCUACGUAGAAAGUGAACUCGCACAGCUUUUUGCAACACAAAUGGCAUUUUCGCAUGCAUCAGGCGAAGCCAUUGCGAGAAUAUACAACCUGUCGAUCAACACUCAGCAUAAUGACGAUUGUUUGAGCUCGGAGACCAUCUGGAACACAUUCUAUCUCUAUGCCUUACUGCGAGACUGUGUACGACAAUCUAUCGGACUAGUACUACCUCACCGUGGAAGCCAUAAAGAUCGUCUAAAUGCUCGAUUGCUUGAACGAAACUUGUGUGUGGCUGGAACAGGGCAGGAGCAGUGGGCGCAUGUGUGCAGAGAUUGUGUGAAAGUGAUUGUCGAGCAUGAUGGCUCCUGGUCUCGUAUCACUGCAUGUGUGAUGGAUGGUGUCACUGUCGGUCAUCCAAGGUGCAAUGUAGCCAACUGCAUUGAGUCGCUGGCAUCACCGCAUGAUCGCUUCUGUCCCAUCCAUGCCAAUUUGCAUAUGCGAUGCGUGAUACAUGGCUGCAGUGCAAACACAUGUCAAGGCUUUCGCACUUGCGACAAUCCCGUUCAUCGUGGCAUAGAAUUGCGUCGACCAAAUAUUGCAUCAUCUGCGCAAGCGGAUCCAGCGAUCGGAGGUCUGUCCUCACCUCCAAAGCUCAAGACGUCCUUGACGCGCAAGUGGACGCAUAACGAGCAACUCAUGUCUCUUGUCAAUGCCACGGUGACUCGCUUCCCCCGCGCUCGUCCUUCCUAUCUCUUUUUCGAUAACAACUGUCACCUGCUACAGCACCUGAUUGCCGCUGGAUUUCCUGUUGAUGUCUUUCACGCUAUCAACAAGCACAAGGACUCCGAUGCUUUCUGUCAGAUGCACUGCAAUUCAGCAGGUUUCCCCGAGCUUUACGAUGAGCACAACCAGUGGACAUUUAACUCUUCAGCUGCCGAGCAGGCGAACGUCUGGUUUAGAAAGUUCCAAUCCAUAACGCGCAAGAUGACGGAAUCACACUACAACUUUUUUCUGGACGAGAUGAUCAAUAUUCGAAAUGCAUUUCUGGUAUGUGAACUUCGGAAGCGAGGACGUGUCCCUCACAUUGUGCCGACCGAUGAGCUUGUAUUGUGUGUUUGA